AUGGAGUUGUCGGAGUCGGUACAGAGAGGACUGCGGUCCCUCGCUGAGCCGUCUACCGUGGACCACGUCGGCUUCCCGGUGCUGGUGGACGUCUCCUUCCGCUCCCUGCUCUCCUCCAACCGGGACCCGGGCGUGCUGUAUGAGCCCCAACUGAAAGAGGUCGACCCGGUCCUGCUGAAGAGGAUCCACGCUGCAGCCGCCACCUUCAUCCUGGAGGUGGUCAGGCAAAACGCCGACAAGUCCGCCAUCAGCUCCUGUCUAGAGGACCUGUCAUUCAGUGCAGACAGAAUAGAGGUCUUCCACAACUGCUAUCAGAAGAACAAAAAGGAGCUAGAAGGUUUGCUGGCGAGCAUUGGAAGACAACCGGUUCAAAUCACUGACGUGUCAUGGCGCCUCCAGUAUCACGUAAAGAACGCGCAUGUGGAUAAGGUCAACGAGCCUUUCUACCUAAUAUCACUCAAUACUGAGAACAAAGGUGUUCCUGCUGAGGACGUCACUUUCACCUGCAAUAUGGAGCAGUUGCAGGACAUGCUUAGCAAGCUGAAAGAUGCUGCAAAGAGUGCAGAGAAAGCCAGUCAGAUGUGA